AUGGUCCAACCAAUCAAAGACACUUUUUUAUACUUUGCAUAUGGCAGCAAUUUAUUAAAGAAAAGAAUUCGUAUCAAUAAUCCUUCAGCUGAAUUUUUGGGCAUCGGUCGCCUUGAUAAUUACAGACUUGAAUUUAUAAGAUAUUCGAAAUUUUGGGGUGGUCCAACAGCUACUUUGGUGCCCACUGCAAAUGCCCAUGUUUGGGGAGUGAUAUGGCGUCUAAAGGACGAAGACAAAGAAGCUCUUGACAAAGCCAAAGGGGUUGAAAUAAAGAAAUACUACGUACGAUAUGUGGAUGUUACGACUCCAUACAUGGGUCCAUUUCGCUGCCGUGCUUUUACACAAAAAGAAAAUCCUUUACCAAGAGGCGAUAAUGACAAGAUUCCCGUAGAACAGUGGCCAUCGUGGACUUACCUAGAAAUAUUAAUCCGUGGGGCAAUCGAGCACGGCUUGCCAGAUUACUACUUGCAAAACUUGAAGAAACUAAAAGUUAACGGCGAAGAAGCUUACUUACGAACUGCGCGUCUUCUUGACCUUUACGCCACGGAACAGCCUUGCCAGUGCAAGGUACCGGGCCGAAUACCAAGAAAACCUCUCAAAUUAGAUUUAACGAAACGAAAAUAA